AGAGAUGGGGCCAAGCAAGACCCUCAUGGAGUUGUUUUGCUUCAGAGGAACAAGGUCUUCAGAAGAUCAAUGCAAAUUUGCAGACCAACUGGACGAUUUAUUGUGGUGGAUUGCAAACUCAACUGUGCAAUGGACCGAUGGUUGCAUUCUCUAUGAUGGUAUUUGAUCUUGCAAGACCAGUUCCAUUGCAAUGGCUCGCAGCGACCCUCUAUCAGAGUUUUGUUUGCUUUGUAGUUGGCUGGAAUCUUCUUCACACUCUUCAUGAAAACUAAUGACUCGGACUCUAGGAGUAUCAUUCUUUUUUGUUUUUUGUUUUUUUGAAAAGUUUAUUUUCUUAUUUAGUCCACUGUCCCAAAUUCUUGCAGAUGCUGUAGUUUCUCUCUAGUGCCAUUCAUCUAGAAGUUCCCCUUAACUGCAUUGCCAACUCUCUUGUUUAUGAGUAGUUACAGUAUUUGAGAAGAUUUUAGUUCUUGUGGCCAACUUCUUAACUUCUGAAAUGCCAAAGGUUAGAACCUUGUCUGCUCACUCAAGGGCAUCUUCUUACUCUAGUAGCUCCAUGACCAUGGAGCGAUAUAAAGUAGAAGAACAAUUGGGAUCAGCUGCCGAUGUGAAAGAAUGGGAGGAAGCUAGGUGCCCAAUAUGCAUGGAACACCCUCAUAAUGCUGUUCUUCUAAAGUGUUCCUCCUAUGAGAAAGGCUGCCGCCCUUACAUGUGCAACACCAGCUACAGGCACUCCAAUUGUCUUGAUCAGUUCUGUAAGUCAUUUGCACCACAUGCCUCAAUAGCACUACUGCAAGAAAAUCCUCUUACAAGCUCAGCAUUUCACAGCAGGGAAGAUGGGUCGGAGCCUGGGCAAGCAAGGUAUUGUGGGAGCCAAUUGCAACCAAAACUUUUCUGCCCUCUUUGUCGAGGAGAGGUUUAUGGGUACAGUAUAGUAGAGCCAGCUCGUAAAUUCAUGAAUUCCAAGGCAAGAAGUUGUUCUUCUGAGAUGUGUGACUUUAGUGCGACCUAUUCUGAACUCAGGAAGCAUGCAAGGUCUGAACACCCAUCCGUUCGGCCUGCGGAUGUGGACCCUAUGCGACAGAGGGAUUGGACAAGGCUGGAACGGGAAAGGGAGUUGGAGGAUGUUCUUAGCUCACUUCAUCCAGAGGUUGUUGGGGAAGAGAGUAGCGAAGAAAACACUCUCUCAGUAGAUUUUAGUGACUGGGUGACUUCCAUUUUCGAUUUCAUGUUUUGCUCUCUUGGGUUCUCCCUCAUGGUCGGUCUAUCGGAUGUUCCAAGUGAUAUAGAACAGUCGCAUUAUAGGAGAGCGAGGGCGGAAUAUGAUAUGGAGGUCAGUCCCAUCAACGGAAGGAACAACAAUUUGUCAUCAGAAAGUAUGCCGCGUCUGAGGCAAACCACUCGAGGGACUCAUGGUAAUACUGGUACUGCUACUAUACCGAGCAACUUGUCGUCCGUGCGUGUGCCCCAUCAUCGGCAAGUCUCUGGGUGGUCAUCAGAGGGUACUUCCCCGCAUCAUCGGCAAAUGUCUGGGUGGUCAUUGGAGGGUAAUUCCCGUUCCUGGUCAUCACAAAAUAGGUCCUCCUUUUCUUCAUAUGGUCGACCCCGUUUCCGGCAAAUGCCUGGGCAGUCAACGGGGAGUGGGAGUGGGAGUGGGAGUACACGUAGUUUCACACGAUAUCCUCAACAGGUACCAGAAAAUGUACCCUAUUCUCGACGAUUGCAUUGGCGGGGUGAAAGGUGGUCACCAUACAAUAGCCAGCGCUGAUUGCAGUACAUUGUUUCAACGUUACUUUGAUAACAAGGCAGGUUUAUCAUAGGGGGUCAGGUUCCCAUUGUAAGUUCUCUUUAUCUUGCUCUAUGUACAUCCCUUUUCUUUUCCCUGCUCAGUAGCAUGUGAUCUUUUGGAUGUUGGUUAUCUCAAGGCACUUCACAGAAGUAUCUGCAAAGAAUGAUGGUCCAUUCAAAGCUUUUUCUGCAAUCGGAUCCAUUCAAGUGUUGUUUUGGUAAUGGUGAACAGAGAAUGAUGGUCCUUUUGUUGCAAGACAUUGAAGAGCUAAAUUUAAGGAGACCUUUUGUUUUAAAUUUGGUCAUAUUGCUGGAUAACUGAGUUGUAUGCACACCUCAGUAAGAAAAUGCAGUAAAAAAACUUCGAUUUAGCAUUUUGUAUGGAUAUCUAUUGUUAGUUUUAUUGUGAUUAUUCUUCUUUGUUUUGUUC